CUAACUUCUUGAAGAAGAAGCUGCACAGCUCGAAGAAUUCGCAAUUAAUUAAUCAUCAAAUUAAUCAACAACCAAUCACUGAAACGAUGGGGAAGAGAAGGGAUCGAACCAUGGCAGCUAUCAGCAACGCCGGUCGUCGCGUCAAGCUCGAUCUCUCCGCGGAACCCUCUGGAGAUUUGGGUGGCUCUUCAGUUAAUGAUGAAGUUGGAAAGGAUACGGAAUCGAAAGAACUUGCCGGGUUACCCAAGUCACCAUCUUCUUCAGGUCAGACACAACAGAAUCCGCUGCUAUUGCUUGGACAAUAUAGUGAUGAUGAAAUUGAUGAAGAAUCAAAUGGACAACUUCAACAAGCUGUUGUGGAAAACUCUGCAGUUGAUGAUGGGAAGCAGACACUGUACCAUUGGGGUGUCACAGAAAAGGGUUUGCAGUCUAUAGCUCAAGAAUAUCUAUAUGCACUCAAAAUGUCAAGUAAUCUCAACAAAUAA